GUCGUAGGACCAUCACGCACGCUGACCAAGGAUCCGACCCUCAGUUGGCCGUAAGCAUCUAACCCAUCUGGACACGCACGCGGCCAGCACACACACACACACAGAGACAGCUGUCCUUAACCGAAACCGAGUGGAAGCAGAGCAGAUAACGCAACAAAUCAAAACGAGCUGCAACGAUCAGCAAAGCGACGAUCAACCGGACCGGAUCGGUGGUGUUUGGUGUACGGGGGACAUGGUGUUGGACGCGUGUGACGGCGUGCAGUGUUUCUACAGUGUCAGCUAGUGAACCGAGUAGCAUCCGAAAUUCAACAUGGCGGUUCCAUUACUCCGGUGGAUCACGUUCGGACUUCUGUGUCUGGUUGUGGUGGCCCUGUUUGCCGGUGAAGCGGAGGGAUUCCGAUUGCGGGAGCAUGGUCAGGAGGAGGGUCUGACGGUGUUGAAGCGAAAGCUAACGUCUCGCUCGAAAGGAGAUGGUGUGUGGAGUGCUGUGACACAGAAGCCUUGGUCGGUGCGUGAUGACGACGAUGAGGAGGAUGAAGAUGAGGAUGACGACGACGACGACGACGAGGACACGGAAACCGAUGAGCAGGCCGCAAUACGUCGAGCCACCCAGGAGCGUCUGCUGCGUGCCCGGCGCCUGGUGAAAAGCCGCGACAAACGGCACCAACCGGCCGACACCAAGCGUAAAGCGACCGGUGACGUCGUCGACGACGGCGACGAUGAUGACGAGAAGGAGGAUGGCGACGACGACGACGAUGAAGCCGAGCCAAGGUCUAUUUUUAACCUGUUCGGUUUGCUUAGCUCGAAGCAGCGAAAAAGUGACGACGAAGGUAACACUAAACCAACGGUGGCGACCGAUGACGCCGGUAACGAUGACGAAGAUGACGACGAGGACGACGACGAUGAUGACGAGAAACCCGCGCGCAAGUACUCGGCGAAGGUGAACGAAAAGCGGAAAGCGAUCAAGAGUGCCAAAGGCGCCAAGUCCACCAAAAAGCAAGUCCCGGAACAGGAAGAUCAGGUUAGGGGUGAUGUGCCGGACGCUAGCUGGUUGGACGAGCUGAAGCAGGCGUUCGAUUCUCUCGUGAAGCUCAAAACCGACAAGGAAGAUAAGGCGAAGAGGGCGAAGGACCGGGAGGACCAGGACGCGGGUGGCUUCGUACGGUGGCUGCAAUCGCUAACGUCCCGCACCGAAGCUUACCAACCGGACCCGGAGCCGAAGGAGAAGGAAAACCCCAUCAUUAACCUGCUCGCCAGUUGGCUCCAGUCGGCCGAGACCGGUGACUCGAACGAGGAGAUUCGCUUCCGGCCCAUCGGUGCGUAUGCCGAUGAUGAGGAGGACGACGAUGCGAACCGCAGGAAGCGGAAACCACCGACCAAAGGCGCACCCGACUCGAAGCUAGUCCAUCUGCUCAAUCACAGCCCGAUCGCGUCACUGUUCAGUGCCGAGGACCUGCCGAACGAAUCGCCAAUCGAAACCGGACCCAAGCGUCCCAAACAGCCUGCCCCCGGUGUGCGUGGACCGGCCCGGGUAGUGAAGCAACGCAUCGCCAUCUCACCGGAAGACUUUGAGCAGUUGCUGCUGCGUGUGCCGUCGUUCGUGCCGGACUACUCCCAGGUACAGGGUGAAGAGUGCCGUCGGCAGGGCGAGAUAUUCGAACGGCAGCUGCGCGGCAAACGACUCUGGGCGCUGCAGAUGAUCGAUGCAAGCGCUCGGCUAGCGUCCGGAUUGCUGCGUGGCAAUGCGAACCAGCUUGGCGAUUUCGAUCUUUGCACUGGCAUUGCGACGAGGGUUCGGGUGCGUGAGGACGAGCUAGUGCGACUCCGGGGCAAGUACUGUCUGGCGCAUGUGGAUGUGGUAGCGGAAGAUGCCGAGCUGCGACUCCCGGUACAUCUGCUCCAGGGCGGAGGCUUCGUCAAGAGUACGCUCAACGAUCCCGAUCACUUCCUGCCACGAUUCACCACGAUCAACUGGGGCAUCUGUCUGCCGGCAGCUUGCUCAUUCGAAGAUGCGGGCAGCAUUGUGCAGCACUUCGUGCGUCCGUACAACUCUACCGGCAUUAAACUAUUUCUGGAGCUGGAGGAGGCCAACUGUCAUGUGCGUCAGGUGCGCACCUGGUCCCGACUUUUGAAAGACAACUGGCAGCUUGUCGCUGUGUUUGCUUUCUACACGUUCGUAGCAGUAGUGACACUGGUUGCCACUCUGAACGAUUACGAAAUCUUCAUCAAGAUUGAACCACCCUCCACCCAGGACUCGCCGCUCGAUCCACCCGAACGCCGCACGACGAACAUCUUCCACCAGACACUGAUGGCGUUCUCGCUGAAGCAAACGCUACCGCAGCUGGUCGGAUCCGGCCCAGACGAACCGCACCAUCUGCCCUGUCUGCACGGGCUGAAGGCACUCGCCAGCGGGGCACUGUUUCUUGCGCUACGGCUCGUACCGCUCGGCUUCCAGCCGUUCACCAACCGGAACGAGUUCACCGACAGCUUCAACGCACCGUGGAGUGUUGCCGUCCGGUUGCUGAUGCUGUACGCGGACGUGUUUCUGGUGGUGAGCGGCUUUCUAGCCGCCUUUCAUAUGGUGCGCGAGUACCGGGAACGGGCGCGGGUACCCUGGUUUAAGCGUAUCGCGGGCCGUUACCUCAGGCUAGCGUUCCCGCUUGUGCCGGUGCUGGUGUUCUACGCCUGGGUCUGGGAGCAUCUCGGCAGUGGUCCACAGUGGGGUGAUGUCGUCACCAAGAAUGCGAACCUCUGCAAACAUGGCUACCUUACCAAUCUGCUCUUCAUGCACAACUGGUACCCGAUCGAGGAGACGUGUGCUCCCCAUACCUUCCAGCUAGCGAUUGAGAUGCAGCUGAGCGUCCUGGCACCGUUCCUGAUGAUCGUGCUCGUACGCAGCCCAUUCUACGGCACGUCCGCGUACGUGCUACUGAGCGCUCUCUCCACGGCGAUACGGUUCGCCUCGACCACCGAGGACCGGCUUACCCCGUACGUGUUCCAUGGCGUCCGGCUAACACAGCUCUACCGAACCCUGAAUCUCUCGUUCGCCGAGACACUACACCGACUCACGCCAUACCUUGCCGGCUUCGGUCUGGGCUAUCUGCUUCAGGAAACAGGUCGACCCCGGCAGGAGCGUGGUGUACGGUACGCUGGCUGGAUUGGUGCCGCCAUCGCACUGCUCUGGUGCGUUUGCUUCCCACUCGACAUUGUCCGGAAGGACUUCCGGUACGAGCCGGGCGAUGCGGCACAGUUUGCCGCACUGGCCCCACUCUCCUGGUCGCUUGGGCUUUGCUGGAUCAUCUACUACUGUGUGACGGAGGAGCAGAGCUUGCUGAACCGUAUCCUAAGCUCCCGACCGCUCGUCUUUCUCGGUCGGCUUACCUACUCCCUGACGUUGGUACAGUUUCUGGUGUUUUUCUACUUCGCCGGGUCCAUACGCGGGAGCGAGGUGUUUAGCUUCACCGGGUACGUGAACCGUACCGAGGUGUGUCUAGCACUGGGGGCAUCCCUUAUCCUUACGCUGCUGUUCGAUCUACCCAUCCAAAACGUGAAGCGACUGCUCGAUCAAACCGGUGUGUUUGAUCGUCUCGAAGCACCGGAAGCGCCGGCAACUGUCACUGAACCUACUGAUGCGGAACCGACACUGGACGAGCCGUCCGAACCUGUUGCUGAGCCGGAAAAGGAAGAACCUGCCGCGGAGCAGUCGGAUUUCGUUAGCCCUUUCGAUGAUCAAGAUGAGGAGGAUAGUGGAAUUUGGCUGCGGAAGCGUACCACGGACGAGCCGGCCAGCUCGCCGGUUGAAGAUUUUUGGGUUGACGAACGGGGCGAAGAGGUGAAGGUAGAGCUGGAACAGGAUACGGUGGCGAGUGCGGCACCCGACCCGACUCCUGCCGAACCCGCACCGGAAGAAGAAGAGGAAGAGCAGGAAGAAGAGGAGGAGGAGGAGGAAGAGGAGGAGGAAGAGGAAGAGGAGGAGGAGGAGAUCGACGAGGAGAAGGAGGUGAAGCGACGACCGGCAACGAACGGUGCCAACUGGUCGCACUUCUAGCGCUUUCCCAAACUUCUUCGUAGCUGGCGACUUGUAAAUCGUCGUUGUUUUUCUUGUUAUAAAUAACGCCUUUAUUAUACCUCAA